UCUUUGGGCUUUAAUAGGCAGCAGAGUGGAACCUUGACCGCCUUCCUCUUUCUCCUCUCUCACACACACACACACAUACACACCACCUCACCUUCAAGCUUGAGUGUCAUGGUGGAAGGGAAGCCGUACCGCUACGGGCUGAUAGUUGCUGGCUGGUGCGUGGUGGCUUUGGGCCUCUUCAUCAUGACCAGGGAGAGGCCUCACGUCUACGCCACCAUGUGUGCCCUGGGCGGUGCCAUGGUUCUGGUCGGGACCACGUGGAGCCUGUGCCAGUGUUACCCUAAGAUUGUUCUCGCUCCCGGGAUGUGGAACGAGAACCUGGAGGAAGUAGCACGUCCUAAUCAACAUGAGAGGCACGCAGAGGCAGCCACCUCCUGCGUCCACACACCCUUAAAGAGGCACACCAGCUGCCCCGCGCUACAUCUGCUCUGACGUCAUCGGCACUCUAGAGAACAAAACUGCAAAUUAAAAACAACAGAUGUUUACACAUAGCUUGUGCAUUCCAGUUUAUUUUAUAUCAAAUAACCCCCCCCCCCCCCUCCCUCCCUCCCCCCCAAUCAAACUCUUGUCGUACAAAUUAAAACUUGAGUGUUUUAACAUGCGUUACAAACACACACACACAUACACAAGAACGUGAUGGCAGAUUGUGAAUUGUCCAAAAGAACCUGAUGGUAAAAUCCACUUGUAUUAUGGUUGCCACCCCCCUCCACCCCCCUCCAUCAUAACCCAGGUUUUCCUCGUCAUUAAAAGUAAAGAUUGAGUCAAGUAUUUUAUUUUUUUCUGCUUCCUUUGAA